ACAUGGAAAAAGCAAUGUAGUCUGAGAGUCUAAGGCUGGUCUCUUUGCUGCAUUAAUCUUUCUUUGUGGGUUUUAUGUAAGAGGCAUUAUUUGCAGGCCAACAAGAUACAGUUUUGAAGAAAUUCCACCCCUCUCCCCUGGGCUUCCCAUCUGCAGUUAUAAUUCUCUGACUGUGACCCCUGCAUUAGUCCCCUGGAUGUGAACAGACGUUAAACCCCAGGGUGAGCUGUCGCUUCUAGGGGUGAGAUGGAAAGAGGAAAAGAGGAAGGGGAGAGCGUGCGACAGAAAGUCCUGUGGUUCUGUGCUGACUUUCGUCUCUGAGGAUAAAAGGUGCUGGACUGUGGCCACAGGGACGUGGACGGGCAAAGGGCUGCGUGACCAGAGAUAGUGGCCCUAUUCUGUCCUGUGCCAGUUUCCUGAGAAGAUGGGUUUGGGCCUCUGAGCGGGUCGAGUCUUCAGAAUUCAGUGUCGUUUCCUUGAGAGGUGGCAUCUCAGUCCAGCAUCCUGAAGCCAUGCUCUGGGGCCACUUACUCGACCUCCCGGGAGCACCGCCUUGGGGUCACUGCAGCAGGCAGGCGGUGGUCCCCCAGAGCCGCUGCACCUCGGAGCAGCCAACGGGCGUGCUCAGGAGCCAGGAGCGCCUUAGCCGGAAGCAGAGACAACAGAGGUCACAGAGCCCACCGGCGCCGUGGCCUUGAAUAUCAAUGUAUGGGCUGGCUCCAGACCGACAGGGCCAUGACAAACGUCUCUGGCUGGGUGUCGCCGGCGGCCUCGGGCGUUGCAGUGUGCUUUCUAUUUGCAAACACUGCACCACACAAAACCGUGUUUACUCGGAAGGAGAGAGGCCCCGGGAACCAAACCCCCAGCAGGGCGAAGCACAUGCCUUGAUCUCGCAUUCCAGGCUCGAGCUGCGGUGGGUCGGCGCGACCCGGGGCGGGGGCGGUUCUCCUCGGGCGCUUCAUUCGCCAUAUGCACGUCACUCCCCAACUUUUCCUUCCUGCGCUCCCGGAGUCAGGUUGACGCGCCCUGGAUCCGGGCGCAGGGCUGGGCGCGCUCCCGCGGAGUCCCAGCCGUGCCGGGCUCGGGCUGCUCAGGAAUCUGACCUUGUGACGAGUUUGCUCGCCCCCUGCCCCCCAGAGGAGACUUUUGAGAGGAGCCUGGCAUGUCCAAGAAGAGGUCUCUAGGGGCGUCUCCAUGGGUGACAUGCUCGGCCAGCCCUCGCCCAGAUGACCGUGAUGGCCUCUGACCUCCCCCGUGUUUGUGUGUUCUCCGGCCAGAACUCCCCCGCGUCCUUGUGCACCAUGGGAAAAACCUGAGGGGCUGGCGGACCUGCUUGGCACCUGUGUAUUCUCCCAGGUUGCAGUGGCUCCUACAGGACAGGACACUCGGAGACCACGCCCCUUUGCUGUCCUUCAGGCGACCAAAGAAGGUGCUCCUGCCCCUCCACAGCUUGGGCGCCUGUGACCCCCUCCUGACCACUUCGCUGGUCACCAGACUUCCUUGCCGCGCCCCAGCCGCACUCGCCUGCGUCCGGAAUCCUGGGGCCUCGCCCAUGGCUCGGGGGGCCGGCAGAGCUGCCCGGGCGUCACCAUGAGGCCCUGCAUGAACUGCAGCCAGCAGCUGUCACCCGGCACUGCCCAGAGACCACGGGUGUGCUGCCCAGGGCUUCCCCACCACAGUUGCCACGAGUGCCCCGGAGAAAACAAAAUCGUGUUCCGCGUGGACGGUAAGCAGAUGAACUUGCUGGCCGUUCUCGAAGUGAGGGCUGAAGCCAACGAGAGCUGGGGCGGGUUUCUGCGCCUCAAGAAGGGGAAGCGAUGUAGCCUCGUCUUUGGGUUGAUCAUAAUGACCCUGGUGAUGGCCUCCUACAUCCUCUCCGGGGCACACCAAGAACUGCUCCUCUCGUCCCCUUUCCGUUACGGCGCCUUCCCCAGCAGUCCGAGCGUGAUGGACAGCGAGAGCCCCAGCGACUCCCAGGAGCAUCACCAGCCCUCCGUCAGCAACGUCUCCUACGUGAAGGACUACGCCAGCAUCAAGCUGACCAUCAACAGCAUCGCGGCCAGGAUUGAGUUCACCACCAGACGGCUGCCUGACGUGGGCGACCUCAGAAAGCAGGAGUCCCACAUGUUUUCAGUCAUCCCCAAUAAAUUUCUUCCAAAUAGUAAGAGCCCCUGCUGGUACGAGGAGUUCACGGGCAGGAACACCACCGACCCGUACCUGACCAACUCGUACGCGCUCUACUCGCGGCGCUUCCGCUCCACCUUCGACGCGCUGCGCAAGGCCUUCUGGGCGCACCUGUCCCACGCGCACGGCCGCCACUUCCGCCUGCGCUGCCUGCCGCGCUUCUACAUCAUCGGGCAGCCCAAGUGCGGCACCACCGACCUCUACGACCGCCUCCGGCUGCACCCGGAGGUGAAGUUCUCGGCCAUCAAAGAGCCGCACUGGUGGACGCGCAAGCGGUUUGGAAUUGUCCGCCUGAGAGAUGGGCUGCGGGACCGCUACCCUGUAGAAGACUAUCUGGACCUCUUUGAUCUGGCCGCACACCAGAUCCAUCAAGGACUGCAGGCCAGCUCUGAGAAGGAGCAGAGCAAGAUGAAUAAAAUCAUCAUCGGGGAGGCCAGCGCGUCCACCAUGUGGGACAACAACGCCUGGACCCUGUUCUACGACAGCAGCCCGGCGGGCGAGCCGCCCUUCCUGACGCAGGACUUCAUCCACGCCUUCCAGCCUGACGCCCGGCUCAUCGUCAUGCUCAGGGACCCCGUGGAGAGGUUGUACUCAGACUAUCUCUACUUUGCAAGUUCCAAUAAGUCUGCGGACGACUUCCACGAGAAGGUGACGGAGGCGCUGCAGCUGUUCGAGAACUGCGUGCUGGACUACUCCCUGCGCGCCUGCGUCUACAACAACACCCUCAACAACGCCAUGCCUGUGCGGCUCCAGGUGGGCCUGUACGCCGUGUACCUCCUGGACUGGCUCACGGUGUUCAGUAAGGAGCAGCUCCUCAUCCUCCGCCUGGAAGACCACGCGUCCAGCGUCAAGUACACCAUGCGCAGGGUCUUCCAGUUUCUCAACCUCGGACCCUUAAGCGAGAAGCAAGAGGCCUUGAUGACCAAGAGCCCCGCCUCCAACGCCCGGCGCCCCGAGGACAGGAACCUGGGUCCCAUGUGGCCGGUCACGCAGAAGAUCCUGCAGGACUUCUACGGCCCUUUCAACGCCCGGCUGGCGCAGGUCCUCGCCGACGAGGCAUUUGCUUGGAAGAAGACCUGAGGCCGGCGCCCCUCUGUUCACACCCACCCGCUGUUCGUCAUCACCAGGACCUCCAGAUCUCUCUUUGUGGGGGGCCGAUGCACGUAUAGCGUGGAGAGACCCCAGAUGCGAGUCUUCCUUCCCGCCGGGCGCGUCGAUUAUAAGCGUUCAGAGUCUGCGAUGCUCGCUGGCCUGCGGCCGGCCCGGCUCGGGGCUUCCCCACCUGGGCCCCUGCAAGGCCCAAGGCCGGGGCCCCAGGGACUGGCGGGGGCCGGCCGCAGG